AUGUCAAUAUCGAAUAGGGAGUCAGAACCGGUAGUGUCAAACGAUGCUUCAGCUCAACUUGACAUGAUGCAGGCGAAUUUGGAAAGAAUGGAUGUAUCUGAUGUGGGCUCAAAUAAGGAGGUUGUGGCUAGGUUAGCAAGGGAAAGUAAAGCCUGGAUGGGGCCAGAAGAGGCUAUUGAUGAGAGUUUUUCGGAGGAGCUUGAUGCAUUUCAGAGUGCUAGUGACAGGCCGCAGCAGUUAAGAGCAGUGGUAGAAAAUUCUUCUGACCCUUAUAGAAGGCAGGCAAUGUUUGGUUUAAACUUUGCAUAUAUUGGAACCUUGGACAAAAAAGCCCCAACUUAUGUCGUAAGAGUAGCAGACGAAGAUGAUGCUUCGGAUUCAAUAUCUGAGCUUUUAGGAAGUAAGCGUGAAAAAGCUAAGUUAGUAGUGCAGCAUUUUACAAAAGUUAAGAAGCCGAGAUCAGCUUAUCACCCUCGUUCUGAGCAGUCCCAAACCCAGGCCCCUAUCUUUCAUUUGAGCAGCAGAGGUCAGCACCUGCAAUAUGUUAGUUCGAAUAUUGGUCUGUCAUCUCCAAUAUGGCAACAAUCUUAUUUGCCAGCAUCCGCCUGGUCUAAGAAAG